UUGGUCUAUCUUUAUUGGCCAAUAGCGUCUAUAAAUUUCACACAGCGCUGUGGGGAAUAGACUCACCUCUGCUUCAUUCUCAGCCAUGGCUUCGCUUUCUCCACCUUCGUCUUCUCUCUUUCUUUCUCUCUGCUUCUUGCUCACCGCCUUUUACUUGGCAGAGUCGCAGCAAUUCAUCGGCAUAAACUACGGCCUACUCGCCGACAAUCUCCCUCCACCGACGGCCACCGCGAAGCUACUCCAGUCGACCACCAUUGAAAAUGUCCGACUCUACGGUGCCGAUCCAGCGAUCAUCAAAGGCCUGGCGAACACCGGCAUCGGAAUCGUCAUUGGAGCUGCGAACGGAGACAUACCGGCCUUGGCGUCGGAUCCGAACGCGGCCGUUCAGUGGGUGAACUCCAACGUCCUCUCUUUCUACCCGGCCAGCAAAAUCACACUCGUCACCGUCGGCAACGAGGUCAUGCUCUCCGGCGACCAAGGCUUGAUCUCCCAGCUUCUGCCCGCCAUGCGAAAUGUCCAAAAGGCCAUCACCGCGGCUUCUCUCGGAGGGAAAGUCAGGGUCUCGACCGUCCACUCCAUGGCGGUUCUGGGCCAGUCGGAUCCUCCCUCUUCCGGGUCGUUCGCACCCGGGUUUCAGGGCGCUCUCAAGGAUUUGCUGGCGUUUCAGAGAGACAAUGGCUCGCCUUUUGCUAUCAAUCCCUACCCGUUCUUCGCCUACCAGAGCGAUCCGAGGCCCGAAACGCUGGCGUUUUGCCUGUUCCAGCCCAACGCGGGUCGAGUCGACUCGGUGUCAGGGAUCAAAUACAUGAACAUGUUUGAUGCCCAGGUUGAUGCUGUAAGGUCUGCAUUGAAUGCACUCGGGUUCAACGAUGUUGAGAUUUUGAUUGCGGAGACAGGGUGGCCGUACAAGGGGGAUAGCAAUGAAGUCGGACCAAGUGUUGAGAAUGCAAGAGCUUAUAAUGGGAAUUUGAUUGCACAUCUUAGAUCAUUGGCUGGGACUCCAUUGAUGCCCGGGAAGUCUGUGGAGACAUAUAUAUUUGCACUUUAUGAUGAGAAUUUAAAAGCUGGUCCUGGGUCCGAGAGAGCGUUUGGGCUGUUCAAGCCUGACCUAUCCAUGACUUAUGAUGUUGGUCUCUCAAAAAGCAGCCAGACUCCAUCCACACCGACGACGACUCCGGUGACACCGUCACCGAAACCAACCGUGUCACAGUGGUGUGUGCCGAAGGCGGGCAUUAGUGAUGCUCAAUUGCAAGCUGCUCUUGAUUAUGCUUGUGGUCAAGGUAUCGAUUGCAGUCCAAUUCAACCAGGAGGUGCAUGUUUUGAGCCAAAUACUGUGGCAUCACAUGCUGCAUAUGCUAUGAAUCUUUAUUAUCAAAAUUCUAGCAAGAGUCCAGGAAACUGUGAUUUCUCACAGACGGCAGCACUCACUUCCUCAAAUCCUAGUUAUAAUGCUUGUGUUUACCCAGGUGGUGGGAGUAAAUGAAAUAACCAGAAUUUGAGCAGUGGAUUUGUUAAGGUCAAAAAACAAUCAAUAAUAACCUGGAAUAAGGUCAUAAUGUACUUUUUCUUAUUUCUAGUCCUUUAUAUGUAAAAUUUUCUAGUUAAUUGUUUUUCGAUUUCUGUAUCGUAAAGGAUUGCUACUUUUAAUGGGGAUUUUUGCUCUAGUUUGGGCGUACUGAUUAA